UUUGCCACAUUAUAACUAGUAGGGGAUCCUCACCGACCAUGGCCACAGCUGCCUCGAAUCCCUACAGCAUUCUCAGUUCCACCUCCCUAGUCCAUGCGGACUCUGCGGGCAUGCAGCAGGGGAGUCCUUUCCGCAACCCUCAGAAACUUCUCCAAAGUGAUUACUUGCAGGGAGUUCCCAGCAAUGGGCAUCCCCUCGGGCAUCACUGGGUGACCAGUCUGAGCGACGGGGGCCCAUGGUCCUCCACACUGGCCACCAGCCCCCUGGACCAGCAGGACGUGAAGCCCGUGCGCGAAGACCUGCAACUGGGUGCGAUCAUCCAUCACCGCUCGCCACACGUAGCCCACCACUCACCUCACACUAACCAUCCCAACGCCUGGGGGGCGAGCCCAGCACCGAACCCGUCUAUCACGUCAAGCGGCCAACCCCUCAACGUGUACUCGCAGCCUGGUUUCACCGUGAGCGGCAUGCUGGAACACGGGGGACUCACCCCACCUCCAGCUGCUGCCUCUGCACAGAGCCUGCACCCGGUGCUCCGAGAGCCCCCGGAUCACGGCGAACUGGGCUCGCACCAUUGCCAGGAUCACUCCGACGAGGAGACGCCAACCUCUGAUGAGUUGGAACAGUUCGCCAAACAAUUCAAACAAAGAAGAAUCAAGUUGGGCUUCACGCAGGCCGACGUGGGGUUGGCGCUGGGCACACUGUAUGGUAACGUGUUCUCGCAGACCACCAUCUGCAGGUUCGAGGCCUUGCAGCUGAGCUUCAAAAAUAUGUGCAAGCUGAAGCCGCUGCUGAACAAGUGGCUGGAGGAGGCGGAUUCGUCCACAGGGAGCCCGACCAGCAUUGACAAGAUCGCUGCACAGGGCCGCAAGCGCAAGAAGCGGACCUCCAUCGAGGUGAGUGUCAAGGGCGUACUGGAGACGCAUUUCCUCAAGUGUCCCAAGCCUGCCGCGCAGGAGAUCUCCUCGCUGGCAGACAGCCUCCAGUUGGAGAAAGAAGUGGUGCGUGUCUGGUUCUGUAAUCGAAGACAAAAAGAGAAAAGAAUGACUCCGCCAGGGGAUCAGCAGCCGCAUGAGGUUUAUUCGCACACCGUGAAAACAGACACAUCUUGCCAUGAUCUCUGACUGGAGGAAGCGAGGAGGCGGCCGGCCGCACUGGGAGCAGCGCGGAUUUCUUUUUCUCUCUCACUCUCUUCCUUUCAUUCUAGCAUUCUUUAUUAUUUCUCUCUCUCUCUCGUUCGCUCGCUCUCUCGUACUCUCUCUUUUCCCUCCUUUCUUUUUUCUUUCCUUUCCCCUUUCUCUUUCCCUUCUUUUUUCCCUUUCCUUUCCUUUCCUUUCAUUUUCUUUCAUUUUCUUUCCUUUCCCCUUCCCUUCCCUUCCAUCUCUUCCUUUCCUUUCCUUUCCUUUCCUUUCCUUUCCUUUCCUUUCCUUUCCUUUUUUCCCUUUCCUUUCCUUUUUUUCCCUUUCCUUUCCUUUUCAUAAGAGGUUCUAACUUCUGUUGACAAAGGAAACACAUACUCUCUCAUUCAGGCUUCUCAAUGCUGAUACACAGUUAUAUUAAGCGGUCCAAGCUGGGAUCUCAUAUUCCUGGCUCCCCGGGCAACAGUUCCCUUUAGCAUUUUCUGCUGAUCAAUACAUAUUGUUUACUCAGAGUAAGGUUUGUUUGGUCGCUCCUCUCUAGGAAGAACAAGGAGUGGG